CCUGGGAAGGGCAUCGAGGUGAGGCCUCGGAAGGGGAACGAGGUGAGGCCUGGGAAGGGGACCGAGGUGAGGCCUGGGGAGGGAAGUGAGGUGAGGUCUGGGGAGGGCAUCGAGGUGAGGCCUGGGGAGGGGACCGAGGUGAGGCCUGGGGAGGGAACUGAGGUGAAGCCUGGGAAGGGGACCGAGGUGAGGCCUGGGGAGGGAAGUGAGGUGAGGUCUGGGGAGGGCAUUGAGGUGAGGCCUGGGAAGGGCAUCGAGGUGAGGCCUGGGAAGGGGACCGAGGUGAGGCCUGGGAAGGGGACCGCGGUGAGGCCUGGGAAGGGGACCGCGGUGAGGCCUGGGGAGGUGACAGAGGUGAGGCCUGGGGAGGGCAUCGAGGUGAGGCCUGGGGAGGGCAUCAAGGUGAGGCCUGGGGAGGGCAUCGAGGUGAGGCCUGGGGAAGGGACCGAGAUGAGGCCUGGGAAGGGGACCGAGGUGAGGCCUGGGGAGGGCAUCGAGGUGAGGCCUGGGAAGGGCAUCGAGGAGUGGCCCGGGAAGGGGACCAAGAUGAGGCCUUGGGAGGGCAUCGAGGUGAGGCCUGGGAAGGGCAUCGAGCUGAGGCCUGGGGAGGGGACCGAGGUGAGGCCUGGGGAGGGAACUGAGGUGAGGCCUGGGAAGGGGACCGAGGUGAGGCCUGGGGAGGGCAUCGAGGCGAGGCCUGGGGAGGGCAUCAUGGUGAGGCCUGGGGAAGGCAUCAUGGUGAGGCCUGGGGAGGGCAUCGAGGUGAGGCCUGGGGAGGGCAUCGAGGUGAGGCCUGUGAAGGGAUUCGAGGUGAGGCCUGUGAAGGGGACCGAGGUGAGGCCUGGGAAGGGCAUCAAGGUGAGGCCUGGGGAGAGGACCGAGGUGAGGCCUGGGGAGGGGCCCGAGGUGAGGCCUGGGGAGGGAACUGAGGUGAGGCCUGGGGAGGGCAUCGAGGUGAGGCCUGGGAAGGGCAUCGAGGUGAGGCCUGGGGAGGGAACUGAGGUGAGGCCUGGGAAGGGGACCGAGGUGAGGCCUGGGGAGGGCAUCGAGGCGAGGCCUGGGGAGGGCAUCAUGGUGAGGCCUGGGGAGGGGACCGAGGUGAGGCCUGCGGAGGGCAUCGAGGUGAGGCCUGGGGAAGGCAUCAAAGUGAGGCCUGGGGAAGGGACAAGGUGAGGCCUGGGGAAGGGACCGAGAUGAGGCCUGGGGAGGGCAUCGAGGUGA